AUGCGAUUUUCCAAGGUGGCCACAAUCCUUCAAGGCGCCAGCUUCUUGGUGGCAACCUCUGCUAGCUUUACGACGGCUCAUGUACCCAUGGAAUCUAAAGUUUUUAAUUGUUUGGGGCGCAAACUUAUGAAAGCCGAUUUCCUACAAGGAAAACAGGUCGCAGUCAGUCUUAUAGCAAAACGCAAGUUGGUGGGGAGAUCAUCAGUUUACAUGGAAGAAGAAUUCUUAAAUGAUGAAAAAAUAGAUACGAUAAUGUAUAGUGAUCGGGAAACGACGAUGGACUAUUUACAUUUGCUUCCUCGCUCAUGCUACACCGAGGAAGUCGACGGUUAUGAUCAUAAUGCCAUUCAUAACCUCUUAAUAGAUAACCUUCAUCGAGUUCCUGACAUCUUGCUUAAAGAGAGCUGGACUACUCGAGAGGGGAGCACGGCGACGGGUAUUGGAGCAAGAGGACCAUAA